GCCCUGGGGCCCCUGGAGGCUGAUGACUGCUAGUAGGAAUUCAUUUCAGAAUUCAAUCAAGCCUGAUAUCAGCAAAGUGAAACUUCUAAAAGAUGUCCAAAGCACAAAAGAUCUUAUCAUCCUGUUCGUAACUCAUGACAUUAAUCAAGAAGUUUCAGAAAAUGAAGAAGAGAGCUUAAAUUCUGAUGAAGAUGAAGUUGUUUUACAAGAGGUUGUAAAAGAAGAAUUUCCAGACUACCCAUUAGAAGAUCAAAGCCCAUUGAAAGCACAGUGGCUUUUCCCAAGCCACUGAUGAGCAAGAGCAUUCUGAAAAAAAUUUUGUCACUCGGAAAAUGUUGUCAUCCCAAAUCCAGCGUAACUACAACAAAUAUUGAAGCAUCACCAACUCAAUGGACAGAAUGUGAGGGGACACAAAUGAGAAGAAUUGUGCCUAAGG